AUGUUGGAUGCUCUGGUGCUCUGGAAGAUAGAACGACGCUGCACAGGCACCCCGCAGCAAAAAAGCUUUCACCACGUCUACGAGCUCUCUGAUGAAGCCAUUGCAAGACUUGCGCUGGCUCUGAUCGAAACAGGACUGGCAGUCAAGGAGGGAAGCGUGCAGCAGAGCGCUUUCGGUGGUCCAUACGAGAUGACGUCACACCGCGCGUGGAUUGAUCACGAGCAAAACGUUCGAGCUCGGUAUACCAAUGAAUCCAAGUUCUUUGCAACAUUCCUUCUCAAGGUUUGUCCAUCGGCCAAAGAUUAUGAUCACGCAAUCGAGACUGGCAGCAGCGCUGCAGAGGCGCUACAGUCUAUGAUCAAAGAACCGACCCGGGAGCAGACAUCUGCUUAUCGGACACCAGAUGUCUAUGCAGCCUUCUGGAUUCAGUUUUGCCCCGAUAUGGAUUUCAUGCAGAAGGAGCACUGGACCAACGUGAAGAGUACGAUCAUGGAAUGCCUGGCCCUGGGUGUGGUCCCCAUCAUCAACGAAAACGACUCCACCAACACGGCUGAGCUCCGGUUCGGCGACAAUGAUAACCUCGCUGCUCUCACAGCAGUCCAGCUGGAGGCUGAUGCGCUGUGCUUGUUUACGGAUGUCAGCUGCGUCUACACCGCGAACCCGCGGACGAAUCCGGAUGCGAAGCCUUUGCACAUCGUGCCGGAGCCCUGGGCACUGCGAGUCGAGACAAAGGAUGCCGGCAGCGGACUCGGCACGGGUGGUAUGGCCACGAAGAUCUUGGCUGCGCGCACUGCCUCUGUCUCUGGCAUCCCCUGCGUGCUGCUGAACUCCAGCUUUCCCAAGCGCCUUUUGGGGCUUUUGGACUUCGCGCCGCCGGAGGCUCCGGAUGAAGUGAAGCUGCCGGAGGAGGCCACCUAUUUCAUGGCAAUGGAUUGCGCGCAGACGGUGCAUGACACCCGCCGCUGGAUCGUUUCGCUGCCGGUAGCUGGCGAGCUCACCUUGGACGAUGGCGCUGCCAGAGCCUUGGGUGCGAAGAAGAGUCUGCUCCCUGCAGGCGUUCGGCAGGUGCAGGGCACGUUCAUGCGCAAUGAAGCUGUGCGGCUCUGCCAUGCAGGGAGCGAGGUUGCACGCGGCAUCGUCAACUUUUCCUCGGAGCAGUUGUCUCGAAUCUUGGGCAAGAGCUCCCACGAGUUCGAAGAUCUGCUGGGCUUCUCCACAUGCACCGAGGCCAUCUACCGUGGCAACAUCAUCCUGACCACUUCCGUGGAAGCGCUUCAGGCGAUCGAGGUGGUCCCACGGAUGCGAUCUAGCUUCUCCGCGAAUCAGGUGACGUCUCUUUCCCGCUCCGACUCCAUGGAUUCGGGUAUGGACCCGUGA